AUGGCUUCUCAGCGGCGGAGGCGGCUGCGUCUCUGCCCUCGGUGUCUUCUACUCCUCCCUGGACUUCUACUGCCUCUUUGCUGUGCCUUCAACCUAGACGUGGACAGUCCUGCUGAGUACUCUGGCCCCGAAGGAAGUUACUUUGGCUUCGCGGUUGAUUUUUUCGUCCCCAGCGCGUCUUCGAUGUUUCUUCUGGUGGGAGCUCCCAAAGCAAACACUUCUCAACCUGGAAUUGUGGAAGGAGGUCAAGUCCUCAAAUGUGACUGGUCUUCUAACCGUCGGUGCCAGCCAAUUGAAUUUGAUUCAACAGGCAACAGAGAUUAUGCCAAGGAUGAUCCAUUGGAAUUUAAGUCCCACCAAUGGUUUGGAGCAUCUGUGAGAUCAAAGCAGGAUAAAAUUUUGGCCUGCGCCCCAUUAUACCACUGGAGGACUGAAAUGAAACAGGAGAGAGAGCCUGUUGGAACAUGCUUUCUUCAAGACGGAGCAAAGACUGUUGAGUAUGCUCCAUGCAGAUCAAAAAAUAUUGAUGCUGAUGGACAGGGAUUUUGUCAAGGAGGAUUCAGCAUUGAUUUUACUAAAGCUGACAGAGUACUUCUUGGAGGUCCUGGUAGCUUUUAUUGGCAAGGUCAGCUCAUUUCGGAUCAAGUGGCAGAAAUCGUAUCUAAAUAUGACCCCAAAGUUUAUAGCAUCAAGUAUACUAACCAGUUAGCAACUCGGACUGCACAAGCUGUUUUUGAUGACAGUUAUUUAGGUUACUCAGUGGCUGUUGGAGAUUUCAAUGGUGAUGGCAUAGACGAUUUUGUUUCAGGAGUUCCACGAGCAGCAAGGACUUUGGGAAUGGUUUGUAUUUAUGAUGGGGAAAACAUGUCUUCCUUACACAAUUUUACUGGUGAGCAGAUGGCUGCAUAUUUCGGAUUUUCUGUAGCUGCCACUGACAUUAAUGGGGAUGAUUAUGCAGAUGUGUUUAUUGGAGCACCUCUGUUCAUGGACCGGGGCUCAGAUGGCAAACUCCAAGAGGUGGGGCAGGUCUCAGUGUCUCUGCAAAGAGCUUCAGGAGACUUCCAGACGACAAAGCUGAAUGGAUUUGAGGUCUUUGCAAGGUUUGGCAGCGCUAUAGCACCUUUGGGAGAUCUGGACCAGGAUGGCUACAAUGAUAUUGCAAUUGCUGCUCCAUAUGGGGGUGAAGAUAAAAAAGGAAUUGUUUAUGUCUUCAAUGGAAGAUCAACAGGUUUGAAUGUGGUACCUUCUCAAAUCCUUGAAGGGCAAUGGGCUGCUCGGAGCAUGCCACCAAGUUUUGGCUAUUCUAUGAAAGGAGCCACAGACAUAGACAAAAAUGGAUAUCCAGAUUUAAUUGUAGGUGCUUUUGGUGUGGACCGAGCUGUUUUAUACAGGGCCAGACCAGUUAUCACUGUAAAUGCUGGCGUUGAUGUAUACCCUAGCAUUUUAAAUCAAGAUAAUAAGACUUGUCCACUGCCUGACACAGCUCUCAAAGUUUCCUGCUUUAAUGUCAGAUUCUGCUUAAAGGCUGAUGGCAAAGGAGCACUUCCCAGGAUGCUUACUUUCCAGGUAGAGCUUCUUUUGGAUAAACUCAAGCAGAAGGGAGCAAUUCGGCGAGCGCUGUUUCUCCAUAACAAGUCCCCAGGUCACUCCAAGAACAUGACCAUUUCAAGAGGGGGACAGAUGCAGUGUGAGGAACUAAUAGCAUACCUGCGGGAUGAAUCUGAAUUUAGGGACAAGCUCACACCAAUUACCAUUUUUAUGGAGUAUCGGUUAGAUUAUCGAACAGCUGCUGAUGCAACGGGCUUGAAGCCUAUUCUUAACCAGUUCACUCCGGCUAAUUUUAGUCGACAGGCUCAUAUUCUGCUUGACUGUGGUGAAGACAAUGUUUGUAAACCCAAGCUGAAAGUUUCUGUGGAUAGUGAUCAAAAGAAGAUCUAUAUCGGGGACGACAACCCUCUGACAUUGAUUGUUAAGGCUCAGAAUCAAGGAGAAGGCGCCUAUGAGGCCGAGCUCAUUGUUUCCAUUCCACCAGAAGCUGAUUUCAUUGGGGUUGUACGAAACAGUGAAACCUUAGCAAGACUUUCCUGUGCGUUCAAAACAGAAAACCAAACCCGCCAGGUGGUAUGUGAUCUUGGAAAUCCAAUGAAGGCUGGAACUCAACUUUUAGCUGGUCUUCGGUUCAGUGUGCACCAGCAAUCAGAGAUGGAUACAUCUGUUAAAUUUGAUUUACAGAUCCAAAGCUCAAAUCUUUUUGACAGAGUAAGCCCAGUGGUAUCUUACAAAGUUGAUCUUGCUGUUUUAGCUGCUGUUGAGAUAAGAGGAGUCUCAAGUCCUGAUCAUAUAUUUCUUCCGAUUCCAAAUUGGGAACACAAGGAGAAUCCUGAAACUGAAGAUGAUGUUGGGCCAGUUGUUCAGCACAUCUAUGAGGUCUCAACCUCGCAAACAACAGAGAAGAAUGACACCGUGGCUGGGCAGGGUGAUCGGAACCAUCUCAUCACAAAGCGGGAUCUCACCCUCAGUGAAGGGGAUGUUCACACUUUGGGCUGUGGAAUUGCUGAAUGCUUGAAGAUCGUCUGCCAGGUUGGAAGACUAGAUAGAGGAAAGAGUGCGAUUCUAUAUGUGAAGUCUCUCUUGUGGACCGAGACCUUUAUGAAUAAAGAAAACCAGAAUCAUUCAUAUUCUCUGAAGUCAUCUGCUUCAUUUAACGUCAUAGAGUUUCCCUAUAAGAACCUUCCAAUUGAGGAUCUCUUCAACUCAACAUUAGUUACCACUGAUGUCACCUGGGGCAUUCAGCCAGCACCAAUGCCCGUGCCUGUGUGGGUGAUCAUUUUAGCAGUUCUAGCAGGAUUGUUGUUACUGGCGGUUUUGGUGUUUGUCAUGUACAGGAUGGGCUUUUUUAAACGUGUUCGGCCACCUCAAGAAGAGCAAGAGAGGGAGCAGCUUCAACCUCAUGAAAAUAGUGAAGGAAACUCUGAAGCUUAA